UUUUGUUUGUUUUUUACCGAAUCACGCGCGUUAGCGCUUCAACAUGACUACAGUUUAUUGUGUGCUUGAAGGGUGUUAGGAUCCCUAACACAAGACACCAUUGUAUUUCUCAUCCGUAGGAUCACCAGGCGAAUAUAGAUUACUCAAAACAUAUUACCUCAGGUGAUAACACAAGAUUGAACAUGUAGUAAAACUUGCGUGAUAGUAACAUCCGUAUUUUGAGGGGGAGGAAAAGGCAUAAAAUUUGUUUCAAUUUGUCUUACCUGAUAAAUCAAAACCUUACAAUCAUUAAUAAAAACGAAAGUCAGAAGCAAUGUAUUGAUAGCUGAAUUUUAACAGAAUAUUUUCUGGGGGGAAAAAUUCAUAGCUAUCGAUUUCAUUUUUCUGUCACGUGGCAUGAGGUGUGGUAGGAAGUAUUUACAUACACAUACCCUUGCACAGUAUACAGACAUGUAACACAGCUUGGUAGAAUUUGUAGAGAAAAAUUUUGUACAAAUAUAGAUAAGAUAUAAAAUUGCCGUAACAUGGAUCAAGCAAACAAAGAUCACACGAAUCCCAGCUCAUCAUAACUGCAUAACACUCCAGGAGCUAGCUGAUGGAUUGAGCAAUGGAGACCAGUCGAACUUGUAUUGCUUGACUUCUCAAAAGCCUUUAACAAGGUGACUCAUCAAAGACCUCUCAACAAGUGCCAUUGUUAUGGAAUCAAGGCAAGACAUUGGAAUGGAUAACUAUAGUUUUCUGAAGGGUCAAACUCAGCAGACCACACUAGAAGGGAAGACAUUAAGAACAUCAGAUGUUAGAUAUGGAGAACCCCCAGGGAACAGCGAUGGACCCGCUUCCUGAUAUACAUUACUGACCUGUCGGAGCUGGUAACAUCUAAAGCUCGGGUGUUCCCUGAUAUUUACCUUCUUUACAUAAAUAUCAGUAAAGUUAAGAGAAGGAUACCACUCAACAAGACUUUGGCAACCUGCAGCUGCGGAAAAACAGAUGAUUAUUGUCAUUCAACGCAGAUAAAUGUGAAGUUUAACAUGUGACAAACAAGAGGAAGUCCAGAAUCGGGAAUAACACCAGCCAUGAAAAAAAAUCGGCGACAGUAAAGACCGCACAAUGCCUAGGCCUCAACAUCAGCAGGGUAUCUCUUGGAAUCAACACUCACGAAUCAAGCAAAUAACAGCAAUACUUUUCUCAGGCGUAACAUGGGCGCCUGUGAUAGGAUCAUCAAGACAAAGUAGUAUUACACUACUAGUACCUUAGUAAGACUCAUAAUGGUGUAAUUAUGAUAGAAGCUAUCAUAUGAGACCCGGUAACUUAGAGGAACAUCUGUGAACUGGAAAUCGUGCAGAGAAGAGCAGCACCCAUCUUUACUGGGACUUACAGAACUACAAGCUGCGUGGAAUGUUAGAAGACCUACAAUGGCCGACACUACAAGACGGAAAGCAAAGGUCACCAUGCCUUACCAUAUUGUUUACUAUUUUGUCACUGUACGAUCACGUACUUACUUCAUGCCUAGGGGAGUAUAUUCAACACACGGGGAUAUGGCAUCAGGUCCCUGCUCCUUUACCUCAGGACUCCAUCAACAAUCCUUCUGGAUGGAUGGAUUUAAGAACAGCAUCAGAUCUAUCAGCAUUACCUUAGCCCGCCAGUUUUAAUUGUAAAUAGUGCCGGGUUUUUAUAAACUGGAAGAAGAAUAUAUGAGUUACAGUAUAUUUAUAUUUAGGAGCUCAAGAGGUGAAACUUGUCAAAAGGGGUGAAAGGUCGAACCCGAGUAACGUCAGCCCCAAGAUUAUGUUGUAAGAGUUGUCAGGUGAUUUAUCCAACGUCAUUAGAUACGAAUAAUAGUCUUUUGGAUGUGCCCGUUUCAGGAAUUUUGUUGUCACUUCAUAAAUUACUCUCACUAAAAUUUAGCCAAAUCCAAACAGAUCAGUGUUCGCUUUCCUGUAGUAGCUGUUGUCUAGAUUUGAAGGAAAUAUUAUAUGUCGUUAAUUAAUUAUCUAAGAACCGCUGUCCUGAUUUAUCGUGUAGAGAAGUAAUUAUCUAAUGACUGCUGUCCUGAUUUGUCGUGUAGAGAGUUAAUUAUCUAAUGACCGCUGUCCUGAUUUGUCGUGUGGAGAGUUAAUUACAUAUUGUAUUUAAUGACUGCUGUCCUGAUUUAUCGUGUAGAGAGUAAAUUAUCUAAUGACCGCUGUCCUGAUUUAUCGUGUAGAGAAGUAAUUAUCUAAUGACUGCUGUCCUGAUUUGUCGUGUAGAGAGUUAAUUAUCUAAUGACCGAUGUCCUGAUUUAUCGUGUAGAGAAGUAAUUAUCUAAUGACUGCUGUCCUGAUUGGUCGUAUAGAGAGUUAAUUAUCUAAUGACUGCUGUCCUGAUUUAUCGUGUAGAGAGUUAAUUACAUAUUAUAUUUAAUGACUGUUGUCCCGAUUGGUCGUGUAGAGAGUUAAUUAUCUAAUGACCGCUGUCCUGAUUUGUCGUGUAGAGAGUUAAUUACAUAUUGUAUUUAAUGACUGUUGUCCCGAUUGGUCGUGUAGAGAGUUAAUUAUCUAAUGACUGCUGUCCUGAUUUAUCGUGUAGAGAGUUAAUUAUCUAAUGACCGCUGUCCUGAUUUAUCGUGUAGAGAAGUAAUUAUCUAAUGACUGCUGUCCUGAUUUGUCGUGUAGAGAGUUAAUUAUCUAAUGACCGCUGUCCUGAUUUGUCGUGUAGAGAGUUAAUUACAUAUUGUAUUUAAUGACUGUUGUCCCGAUUGGUCGUGUAGAGAGUUAAUUACAUAUUGUACUUAAUGACUGCUGUCCUGAUUUAUUGUGUAGAGAGUUAAUUAUUUAAUGACUGUUGUCCCGAUUGGUCGUGUAGAGAGUUAAUUAUCUAAUGACUGCUGUCCUAGUGCGUCACGUAGAGAAUUGGUGUCUAAAGACUGCUGCCCUAAUGCUAGAUGAUCAGAAUUUUCAUGAUAGGAGAUAAACUAUUUACAGUGUACAUGAUACAAGGUCGUGUCUACUUUAUAACCUAUAUAUGGUGUACUUUCUUUUUAUCAAAAUACACAAAUCUUGGAUACUAUGCAUAUAAACUAAAAAUGAAAUUUGUUUUAAAUUAAUAACUUUUUUUUCGAAGUAAUUACGCAUGAUGUAUGUAUCAUCUAUUAUCUUCCGAGUGCUGAAUCGGAGCAAUGAAGCAACAAAAUAUAUAACACCAAAAUAGAAGACCUUUCUGUAGUCCAGUGUGCAAAUCGAAGAUGCAUAGAACCACAUAUGUAUAGAGACAAAGGUCAUUAUGACAUAUUUAAGGACCUUACAAAUAUCUUAUCUCCCCUGAUAAGACAGUAAACCUCACAAGACCGACUGAAAGCAUGGCCCUAUCGUGGAUCUUAAUAAGUUUGGUAAUUGGUUACAGCCAGGCUGUAGUCCAGAACAUCCGUUUGGUGGGACCUUCAGGCGUGGCCGGUCAGGGUCGAGUGGAGGUCCAAAAGGACGGACUCUGGGGGACAUUGUGUGAUGACCAGUUCGACAUGCUGGACGCAGCGGUUGUCUGCCGAAUGUUGGGAUCUAAAGGGAACGUGCACUUAGCGACAGUGGAGGGCAUCUUUGGCGCAGGUACCGGGAAGAUAUUUUAUGACGAGCUGCAGUGUAUUGGAACAGAGACCGACUUAGACCAGUGCCGGAGUGACACUUUCCACGACUGUGACCAUAACGAGGACGCGGGUGUCAUCUGCGAUUCAGACUCUGUUAAGUUCCGACUAGUGGGCGGGUCAGAUUCCAACAGCGGCCGAGUGGAAUUGAAUUUGAACGGUACAUGGGGCACAGUUUGUGAUGAUGAGUUCAAUUCAGCAGCGGCUAAAGUUCUGUGUCAACAAAUGGGAUUACCACAUGCUAAUGCAUAUCCAUACUCCUUUGGGUCGGGCAGUGGAACUAUUUGGCUUGAUGACGUCCUGUGUAAGGGUAGUGAAUCUAACAUACUGGAGUGUAACCAGACAGAAAUCGGCAACAAUGACUGUGAUCAUACGGAGGAUGUUGGAGUGGUCUGUACCGAUACUCCACCAAAUGUCCAGAUCCGGCUUAGGGGUGGAUCUAGGGAUGACGAAGGACGAGUGGAGGUUAAUAUAGGGGCCGGCUGGGGAACUGUCUGCGAUGAUGAAUGGGGAUCAGAGGAAGCGGAUGUCGUUUGCAACAUGUUGGGAUUCACUGGUGGUAUUCCCAGAGCUGUUUCUAACGCUUUCUUCGGCCAAGGUUCAGGGAGUAUUCUAAUGGAUGACGUGCGAUGCAAAGGCAGUGAGGCUACACUGGGAAAUUGUGGUUUUGCUGGUUUCGGUUCCCACGAUUGCGAUCAUACUGAAGACGCCGGCGUCAUUUGCCACUCAGAAACUUCACAAGCUCUCAAAAUCCGACUGGUCGGUGGAGCAAACGAAAAAGAGGGACGUGUUGAGGUAUUCUUUAACAAUACGUGGGGCACCGUGUGCGACGACCAGUUUGAUGACAGGGAAGCCAAAGUGUUCUGUCGUAUGCUGGGAUUCAACGGUACAGCGGUGGGAUUAGGCAGUGCACAAUUUGGAGCCGGGUCCGGUCCAAUUUUCCUCGAUGACGUCACGUGCAAUGGAGAUGAAGAUUCCAUCACGAUGUGUGCAUUUGCAGGGUACGGCCAGAGCGACUGUGACCACAAUGAAGACGCAAGUGUCAUUUGUGACGCAGUUCAUCAAAAUGUAAGCGCAAGGCUUGUCAACGGUAAAGUUCCGAAUGAGGGCCGCGUGGAAGUUCUCUACCAAGGUCGUUGGGGAACAGUCUGUGACGAUCGAUUUGACUCAACAAAUGCCAAAGUAGUAUGCAGGAUGCUGGGGUUUGCCACUGGAAACGCCGAGGCAGUGACAGGGGGCCGAUUUGGAUCAGGUUCCGGACCUAUCUGGCUGGACAACGUCGACUGCAAUGGAAGGGAGAACACGAUAGAAGCGUGCCGUCAUCAGGUAUGGGGGUCCAACAACUGCGACCACUCUGAGGAUGUAGGAGUACGCUGUGGCAGCACCAUAGAAAGCCCGGUUCGUCUUGCGGGUGGAUCUACUCCGUAUGAGGGGCGUUUGGAGAUUUUCCACCAGGGUAGAUGGGGCACCGUGUGCAACACUGGGUUCGAUACAAACGCAGCCAAAAUCAUCUGUAACAGUAUUGGAUAUCCUAGUGACAACCCCACUGUGAUGUCCGCUACAAGCUUUGGGACUCCCCCUACCUCUAUAUGGCUGGACAGAGUGAGGUGCAUGGGUAACGAGACGGCCAUUGACGUCUGUACACACAAUAGGUUUGGUGUGAAUUCCUGUACCCACGACAAGGAUGUCGCUAUUAUGUGUAGAGCACAUGGUAUAAAGUGUUACCAUUGUGACGGUCUGGCAGACCCGAUCACGUGUAACGAAGCAAUUCAGUGUGCUGCAGGGGAGGUGUGUGAAGAGGCAGCGUACAUCGCCAACGGACAGACCAGAUUCUCACUGACGUGUCAAAGUAAACUGGUAUGUGACGCAUUACUUGGUAACGUGAUUGGAAAGCGUGACGUCGUUAAGCGCCAGGGUCAGACAGUCCAGGUCAAAUGUUGUGACACGCCCCUGUGUAACCGUAACUUAAUCGACAAAUCUUCCGUCCAUGGAGGUCAUGGUUCCCACGGACACGUCAGCACAGGCUGUCAGGAUGACCCUAAGAUGGACUGCAAUGCUCUGGACAAUAUAAAUAUAUGCGCUAAUGUACAAGCGGCUAAGAUUUACUGUCCCCAGCACUGUGGGCUGUGCACCGCGCCUUAGGGGUCUAUGCUACGGAAAAUCGGGUGUCUACUAAAAAUGUCUUUGUAAAGAACGUGUUUUAAUAUAAACUGAAUAAAUGUAUCUUUUUUA